GUCAAUUACCUGACUGUAUAAAAAGGUAUUUGCAUUCUGGGGAAAACAUUUAAAUCCGUUUUUUGUGGACAAGAAAAUGAGAAUUUGUUUUCCAUUGAGAUCAAAUAAUGGAAAACUAAUUGCGGGUAUUCUGAGUGUGUCAGAGUACGGACUGAUCUUAGUGUGCAGAGCUGGUGAUCUAGAUCGAUUUCUGGGGUACACGUCGCCUUGUCAAGGUACACCUACCUUGAAAUAUAUAUCGAUUAUCGAGGGAUCUGUUAUUGUUGGGAGAUUAGUACCCAUCAUUCAGGCACACUGUUAUCAGGAUAGACCAACAUUACGUGCAGUUCAGGUGGAUUUAUGGCAUCACAAACCUCUCGGGAUUCUGGAAUAGAAUCUGCGUCUGUGUGUCCCAGGUACCAAUCUGGAUCAACAGUCGAUCUUCUGUUUCCAUGUGCAUGACAUCGGGGAGAUUUUAAUCUGUAGAUUUAAUGCUAUCAAUAUAAGUUCGUGAGGACACUGGGGCAUCAGAUUUUUUUCUUCCAUCUCUGCAUUGUCCAUUCCCAAUGUUGUCGCUGAUGCAAGUGGCCGCCGCCUUACAAGGAGCGGGUUCACAACAGAAUUUAACCGAGGAGGCUGAAAUCGAAACCAACGGAGAAACAGAGAAGGACCUUCUCCCCCAGGAAUCGGAAACUCCGACGGAGGACAACAACAACGUUGAAACUACCAAGGACAAGAUAGUUGAGGAGGCUGACCAGGAGACUGCUGCGGAAGACUCUCAGUUCGGCGGAUGUAGUGUGUUUAUACGCGAUUCUGAGGACGAGGGUGAUUCUGUAGACGCUGUCCCUUACUACGAAGACAUCGGAAGUAAGACAGAAGACGACGGAAGUAAGACAGAAGACGACGGAAGUAGGACAGAAGACGACGGAAGUAAGACAGAAGACAACGGAAGUAAGACAGAAGACAACGGAAGUAAAACAGAGGACAACGGAAGUAAGACAGAAGACAACGGAAGUAAGACAGAAGACGAAAAGCGGACGGAAGACGUCGUACAACCCGAGGAGGAGGAUGUUGUGAAGCCAGCAGUGAGUGAUUCUGAAUCGGAUGGUGAGGAAGUGGUGGAAGAAUUUGUGGAAAUUAAUGUUGUGAAAGAAAAUGAGACUGUAGUACAAAAGGAGAGCGUUGAAAAAGACGAAACAGCAGAUGAGAAUAAAAAUGAGGAAGUAGAGGAAAGUGAUGUUUUAAACGCGCUAGACGAAAACGUCAGUACUGAGAUCAACGAAGACGAGAUGCCUGGCAGAGAGGACGAAGAGCUGUCGUCAUCGUUACAGAGGGCCACGUGCCGCUAUAGAUGGGCGAAAACUUUGCGCACAAAUUCCCAAGAUGUCGUCUUUUUCCCCUCGUAUAAAAUGGAGGAACCUAUUAAAUUAACUUGGAAUGAAUCCAGUGAAUGCUUUUUCUCGCCGGAGCUUGAGGUGACCACUGGGAUUUACAGGGGUAAUCUAGUCAUUGACGGCAACACGUACCCCAUAGAGGACGUCACCAUCAAACAUUACACGUUCGAGGCCGAUAUCUACGUUAGAGAAGCCAUUUUGAAGGAAGUGCAUCAGAAAUACCUUUCUGAAGAUGAAGUAAGCAAAAGUUUGAUCCCCGAGGAAGAUGAGGUGAGGGACAUAUGUCAGGAGCAGACAGGGGACACUUACCAGGAAAUUAACAGCGAACAGGAGACAAUGGAACGCAGUCAAGAAUCGCCUCUCAAUCUCUCCAGCAAGUUUGAGAAUCUGGUAAAGAAACAGAUUUCCCAGGAAUCCAAAGAUGAUGAAUCAAAUGCACGCAGCUCUGCCGGACGCAGGACACCGAUUGGUGAUGUUGCAUCAGAACCGUUCCAUGACGGUAGAGAAAAUGGAUUUGUGGAUGAUGUGGUAGAAAGGCCACAUUCGAGAUCAUCAGUGAAAAGUUCUGGUUCAGUGACACAUCCUAGCACACAAAAAACUGUAGAGGAAAUUAUUCGUGAAGUCAAUAGUGCUACAAACAGUGCUGAACUGUAUCGAAGUGAGGGUUGGAAAUCUCCUCUGAGGUCAGGGGAGAAUUCACUUAAUGGCUCAGUUCAUGUAGUUGUGGAGGAUGUGAUAGCAACACAAGACACUAAGUCUCCACUGGGAUCACCGUAUCACUCCUCACCAGGUUCCCUAAGACAGACCCCUGUUAGGGAGUCUUCUCAGAGGUCUGUAGAGGGUUCAUUACAAGGUUCCAACAGACAGACCCCAACAGCAGGCUUUAUAGAUGAUGUGCUAGGGCAGUCUACUCCCGUCAACAGGUCAGAACAAGGAUCUGCCAGACAUACCCCACAGCCGAUGUCUAACCAUUCCUCAUCAAGGAACACCCCUCAGCUGAUCAGUGAUAUCCUGCAGACUAGCGGGGAGAAAUUAUACUCCGCAGGGUCAAUAGCAUCUGAUGGGAGUAGACCAGAGAGUCUCACAAGUGAGCAGGAACUCAACCAGUACUUUGAGAAGGGUGGAAGUCAUCACGGAUCAGUGCAUGGGUCAGAGAGAUCUGGAUCAAUGAGGACCCCAGUGAUUCCCUCACCCAGCAUUAAAACGCCCGAGCGACCUCACAGCUCAUCCAGUCUGCCAGUCAUUACCACGCAACAGAGACUUCUAACGGAGAGAAGGAGCAUGACGCCAGACAAUCACAUCCGAGUUCCCGGGGAGACAUCGCCGGCCCUCAGGGGAGCUAACCCAGGGGCUAACAGGUCCAAUGUCUCAUCUCGAGCCAGCGAUCGAACACUGACACCAGGUGCACUGGAAAAUGGGUAUACUGAGGAUGCACAGACACAGAGAAUUAACGACCUUGAGGACAGCGUUAGAAACCUGAGGAAAUUGCUAGGUAGUCGAGAGGCUGAAGUUCACGACCUCACCAAUCAGCUGAAGCAGUUGAAAACGUUAAACCAACAGCUGACUGAGGAGUUGGAUUCUGCCAGAAUGAGGGAACAGCGGACUUCUCCAGCUUACAGCAAUGUUCAGGAGUUGGAGAGGCGGUACAACCAGGUCCUGAGUGAGAAGGAAAUCAUGGCUGGUGAGAUUGUCAAAUUAAGGGACCAGAUGGAGGAGCUGAGGAUCGGAAGGAAUGGUCGACCGGAUGGGGAGACCAGCGAGAUGUCACAGGGGAUCAGCUACAACCCCAACAACCCAUAUGCCCUGCAGAGGAAAAUAGCUGACUUGGAGAGUCAAGUCCAAGAUUUACAGGAAGCCAAUGAAACAGCUGUUGCCGAGCUCUCCAGCACAGAGAGGAAAGUGGAGGAACUACAGCGGGCCAAAGAAACCCUGAGGCUGGGUCAGGGGUCACAAAAUCUAGAUCUGCAGGAGGAAAACCAGAGACUUCAUGAUCAGAUAUCCAAAAUGUAUGAAAAAGGAUAUGGUGGUUCCAGCACAGAUUCGGAUCACAGAAUUCAGAUCGAGAUUCAACAGCUGAGAGAAGACAACAGAGCACUGAGAGAGAGAAAUUAUAAACUCCACGAGGAAAGUAUGCAGGUCAGAGAUGAACUAAUGAAACUUAAACAAGAGGGACUGAGAACGCUACCACCACGUGACGUGAGAAUGUCGCCACGAGACACAAGGACCAUGUCGCCGCGAGAUGCGAGGACCAUGUCGCCACGAGAUAUCAGAACCAUGUCACCACGAGAGGUCAGGACACCUCUACAUGCCAGGGGAUUCAGUCUAGAGAAGUCAGUAGAACUAGGAUCAGAGAGGAUUUCCAAAGAGAGGACAGUCCCAAGCAGGAUGUCAUUAGAACAAGAAGAUGCACGACUGCUCAGUAGCAUACACCGACAGACAGACCAUAAAUACAGCCGAACGGAGGGAGAGAUCCGCGGUAAAUACAGACCACCCGCAGACAGAAACAGUGAUAUUAAAGACAGUGAUACCAAAGAGGACAGCUACUUCGGCCGGAGUAUUCAAAAAGCGGAAACUAGGCUUAGGAGUAGUUUAGAAAGGGCAGAUGCUAAUUUUAGAAAAAUUGCAGAUGGAGAGGAUUCGAAGCCUAGAUUUGAUCGCUUUUCUAGGCUUAGUAGCAGUCUGGACAGACACACGGACAGACGGAAGUAUGAGAAUGAGGACAUGUCAAGAUCGGAGAGCUAUAGAAUGGGCCCUGAUGGGGGUAUAGAGGACCGUGAACCACUAUCAGCCACACUACCUCGUCAUGGUGUGUCUAGACAAACUGAAACAGAGUAUAACCAAUUAACCAGGGAAAGGUCAAGGACACCAGAUUUGGCAUCAUACAACACGGUUGCCAUAGAUACAGAGUGGCAUAAGUAUGACAGAGAAAGACGGCUACGGAAUGAGACUACUACAAGUAAAUCGUGUACGGAGCUUUCCAAACCUCUUUACAACACAGAACCAUCAUAUUUAGAGCAGGAGAGGAAUGCAUACCAACAGGACUACAAGUCCAAUGCAAAAGUCACAGAGAAAAAUCGAGAAUGGUCACGAUCAGAAGCAGAUCUUAGGCAUGCGCACUAUCCCUAUAGAGGGCGCUCCAGAACGCCUGACCCUGGGUUGUCACGGCGGCGGUCGCCCUCUCCUGGAUACAUGGAUCUUCCAUCAACAUCGUCCUAUCAGCGCACCAAUUUUCACUAUGACCACACCCCUCGACCUAGAUAUGACUGGGAUGGUAGGUUUGCAUGCUCUUAUUGCGGUCACCACUUUGGCCAUGGUAGUCAACGAGAGGAACCCCUCCCCCUUCACCCGACCUCGUCCCUGUCUGAACGCAGCAACAAAACCGACUACCUGACUGGCUCUUACCACAAACCCAGCAACCCUGCACUGUCCAUCUUUCAGCCAAGCCACCAAGACAAAGGUUAUGAUGUAAUGAGGAAGUCGGGUCUAAACCAGGACGGGGAGGAAAGUGACACUGGGACAGACAUCUUGGUCAACACCAAAUUCCAGGAGGUAUCGUCACGGCUCUCCCCCAUCAGCCCCGAGCCCAUUCACCGACGGUCCGGCAGUCACCAGUACGGUUACCGCAGGCGACGGGACUCUCUGGGGUCAGAGGGGUCAGUGUCGGAUGAGGAAAUGGAGAAACCUUAUUCUAAACAUCCUAGAUCCAAAUCUGCAGAUGGAAGGGAAUUAUUGAGGAGUUCCCUCUCCAUGGGUACGGAAAGGUCCAUGAUUUUAAUGACCCAACCCAUCGAUCGUACCGUGAACAAGAGAAAUCCUGCACCCCCUACCGCAAACCUCAGAACAAUCACCCCCGGCGUCCUAACUACUCAACACAACAGGAACAUGCUAGCGGCAUCAACAGGUUCUCUUGCAUCACUGACAACCGGGUUGAAGCCAUUUUCUCCCCGAUCCCCAGGUGACAUAAAUCUGGAGGAUGUUGUAAAAUUCUCAAGGGCAGGUGGAAAACUUAGUCAGGGAACCGUGAAGUUCGUGGGCCAUUUACCAGGUCGCAGUGAUGCAUACCUAGGGGUGGAGUUGGACAGAGAAGAUGGAAAGCAUGAUGGAAAAUUUGAAGGGAUGAGAUAUUUUAGAUGUAAACCAAAUAAGGGAGUGUUUGUAGCUUUCAACAAAGUAGUGAUGGCCUGGAGCAGAUGAACUCUACUGUUUGUAUGAGAUUUCCUUCCCUUUGCAGAGAUCCGUCUAAAGCUAAAGUCAUUAUGAAGUUAUUUUGAUGUAUGUUAGCUUUAAAGUAAAGCUCUUGCUAUUGAAUGUGUGUUCUUAACAAAAGAUACUGAUGCAGAUGUUGAGAAUGUAAUAAAGAGUUUUGUUUUAAUUUAAUUAUUCAUCAUUGCCAUACUUUAAAUUAUUUUAUUUUUGAAUCAUUGCCAUAUUUUCGAUUUACAUCUUAUAAAAUAUUUAUAUAAAAUUGUCAUUAAGUUUUUGUUGUUUGUAGAUAUGUUUUAACAUUUAUAUAUUUAUUACCAUUUUAAUUUGUUUUUUUUUUUAAAGAGAAUUUUGAAACCAUAUACGUACAUGUUUUCUUUCUUUAGUAUGUUCCAUUCAAGCUGUGAUGUAAUUUUUUUGUGGAUUUUACUUGUAUUUUAAAGUAAUUAAAUUUUCUUCUGGUAUGAAACAAAGAAAUAAUGGAGGAUCCUAUUGUCUCACUCUGCAGAGUCCUUCUGCAGAAUCUGUAUGUCUGUGUAGUUUGUUUCCGUGGCAAUUGUUAUUUUUUUGUUGUACAGUUUUAAAACGGUAAAAAUAAGUUUUAUUAAUGUUACUGAGUGCACAUGCACAAAAACAAGGGAUCAAGCUCAUUGCUCUUUCAAAUUAUUAAUAUUCCAUUCAAUCCAUUUCAUGUGCUCAUUAACAUAGUUACAUUAAUGAUACUGCUUCCGUCCAGUUAAAUUAGUUUUCAAAAAGAUGUACUGUUUUAGUGUGUAUCAAAGUGCUUUUUGUAGGUAUAUAAGAGCUGUGAUAUUGCGAUAAUAUAGAGUUUAAGGAAUUGUGCACAUGGUAAAUCAGUAUUGUCCGUCCAUAUAUAUAUAUAUAUAUAUUAAUUAUUUUUGUAGACCUAAUGAUUUAAUACAACCUGUUUUGAAUAAAUCUACAAAAUGUU